AUGGCCUCGAAACCCUUUCCUGUGGCCAACGGCCUCACGUCCUUUUGGCGUACUGAACCUAGCAGCUUGGAUAACCACCGCUCUACUCAAGAUCUCCCGGAUCACAGUGACAUAGUGGUGAUUGGGGCGGGCUACGCUGGUGCAUCCACCACAUAUCAUAUACUGGAUCAAUGUGACUCAUCACCGAAGCCAUCUAUCGUGAUAUUGGAAGCCCGUCAGGCUUGCUCCGGUGCCACAGGACGCAAUGGUGGUCAUAUGAAACCUGACUUGUAUAGUUCUAUCGGUACACUCGCCGCUCGUUUUGGAGUUGAAGCUGCUGCUGAAGUCGCUGCUUUUGAGGCGAAACAUGUGUCGGCUAUCAAAUCACUGAUAGACCAAGAAGAGAUCUCAUGUGACCUUGAGAUAUCCAAGGCCAUCGACGCACAGCUGGACGAGAGCCAUAAUGCAAAACUGCUCGCUGGAUAUAACGAACUCAUUGCCGGUGGGUCGGAGGCGACCAAAGGCGCCGAGUACGUCUCUGGAAGGGAGGCAGAAACAUUUUCCGGAGUCAAAGGAGCCAAAGGAGCCUUUACAUACCAAACCGGACGCCUCUGGCCGUACAAGUUGAUCACGGAACUCCUGAGACGUGCCAUCGCGAAAGGCGUCAACUUACAAACACAUACUCCUGUCUUAAAUGUGUCAAAGGUUCGCGAUGCGGACGGUCAUUGGACCGUUGAGACCCCUCGUGGUUCUAUCAAAACGAAAUAUGUCGUUUUCGCAACCAAUGCUUAUACGUCUAGCAUUGCUCCUGAAUAUCACGGCAAAAUCAUUCCAUCCCGGGGCAUAUGCAGUCGGAUUGUCGUACCAAGUCCACCAAAGCAACCUCUACAAGCUUCGUACUUGAUUCGAUUCAAUAGUUGGCAAUAUGAUUACUUGAUUCCGCGCCCUGAUGGCAGUAUUAUUGUUGGUGGUGCUAGGCCGACGUUUUUCCAUGACCUGGAAAGCUGGUACGGCAACACGGACGAUAGUAAGAUGAUUGAAGCCGCUUCUCAUUAUUUCGAUAAUUAUAUGCAACGUCAUUUCCACGGUUGGGAAAGUACUGGAGCGUACACAGAUCGCGUCUGGACAGGAAUCAUGGGCUACACUACGGAUUCCUUGCCACAUGUGGGCCAAGUGCCCCAAAAGCAGGGGCAAUUCAUUUUAGCUGGCUUCAACGGGCAUGGUAUGCCCCAGGUUUUCCUGUCGGCAAAGGGAAUCGCAAAUAUGAUCGUACGGGGUGUGGAGUUUGAAGAUACUGGCGUACCAAGGCUAUUCAAGACGACACAGGAAAGAUUGGAUAGCAAGGAGAAUAGAAUCUUGGAUGCGCCAUAUGCUGCAGGGAAACCACGACCCAGAUUAUAGCCCUCCCACUAUCCACCCCUGUUUGUGCAGCUGGCGGCGGUAAUGGUGCCUACGAUAUAUAACCUAUCCUUUUUCAUGGUUCUAUGAGUCUACGGGUGGUGAGGCAAAGCGAACAAUAGGCCAGCAUACAAACAUAAGUAGAAUAAGGGGAGAAAAAGCAUGGUUAGGAAAGAUAUACGUGUUGGCGAGCACAGCCCCCUUAAUCUGUUCUCAUGCAUCAGAUCUCCUGGCGUUUGAGG